GAGUUAUUCCUCAGUCGAAGUAUUUUCCGGUCAUAAUAACUACUGCCAGCUACAGGCAAUGUAACCCUUCUUCAAAGCAAACUGGUGAUGGGGCAUCAAAACAUAAGAUUGUAUACAAACCCUACGUAAAGAAAAUGGUUCUUCCCCACGAUGCAAAGAACAUGAAAUUAAAAAGGCCAAUGUCGCCACAUUUGACAGUUUACGGUCCUACUUUGCCAGCGAUGACAUCAAUUCUUCAGCGAAUUACUGGUACUAUGGUGACAAUGUAUGCGUUGGGUAUGGCAUCGGUAGCUUUAUUCGUACCUAAAGGCGUGACGGGUUUGGUAGAGUACAUCCAGAGUUGGGAUUUUCCAAGUGUCCUUAUUAUAGGUGUCAAAACCAUAAUAGCGUCUAGUUUCGCUUUUCAUUACUUGUUUGGGAUUCGGUUUACGGGAUUCAAUUUGGGCAAAUUUCUGGAAAUGAAAACUGCGUACAGCACUGCGUACGUAUGCAUCGCUCUAUCUAUUGUCGGUGGGGUAGCCGGUGGUCUAAUAGGUCAUGUUUAUUCAUUCAUGUAG